GAGGGAAGAUCGUAGGCUGCGGGUGAGGCUUUGAAAGUCAGCCUCUCAGGCAUUGCAGCAGAGCCCCGAAUCAGGGAGAAACGAGGAGGACAUUUACACACAGAGACUCCGAUACCCUGUGGAGAGGGUGAGGGCAGCUUCCUGAAAGGGCAUUGUGUAGUUGUGUGAGUGCAGAUAUGUCUAUGUGCGCUUUCGUAUCGGCGUUGGAGGCGGUAGCUUCAUGAGUUGCUUCGCCGAGCGGGCGCAUUCUCCUCCCCUUUCCUUCCAUUAAGCUGCCACUCGUCGGAGCUCCCCGCACUAGAAUUAACUGCCUUUUGAGUUCGCGUCCGCUGGUCACGGGGUGGCCUUUGGAGCAAGGGGAGGUGCGCGCUCGCGCUCGGAGCCCUCUGACGGGCUGCGGACAGGCGGGCCGGCGCUCGCUCCAGACAGGGUUGCUGCUGCUGCUGCUUCCUGAGGACGGCAAUGGUAGUCGCGGAAACGGCCGGCGGGAAUGCUAUGAACCUCAUUUUGGGAGGCUUCCCUCCUGGAUUCUGAAUGCCUAUACCUGGCUAUGGUUUCCUACAACAAGCACUCAAGAUCAUGGCGAUGGGAGAGAGCGAUUCAGCUGAAUGGAAUCAAGUCUUCGUAACAUGAUGAAAGAAGAUGGAAAACACUACUGUCAAUUCCUAAAAAAUAUUUUUAACCUGGCACCAUAUUUUAAAUAGUCCUUUGACUUCAUAAAUUGUGUAUAUUAAAACAGAGAAAAAUGGAACACUGCGUCUUCUACAAAUACUUAAUAGAAAGAUCUGGAAAAGACUAUUGCAUCUAUCUUGCAUCAGAUUUGGGGAAAAAAGUAUACAUUUAUUUGCUGAGCUAAAUUUCAGUUCACAUAUAAUACAGUAGAUCCUAAGUGGAAUAAAAAGAGAGCUUUUGUGGAUACUUGUGUUGAACAUGACUCAUGGAGAAGAUCUUGUCUCUGAGAUGCACCAAGAUUCCAUUGUUCUAACGUACUUAGAGGGAUUACUAAUGCAUCAGACAGCCGGAGGUUCGGGUUCUGUGGUUGACAAAAAGCCUACUAGUAAUGCUGAAGAUCAGAAUUUCAGCGUUUCUGGAAAUGCAUCUCCCAGCUGUCAGAGAGAUGGUGUUCCUAACACACAUACAUAUAGAAGUUCUGGAAUGUUGCAUCAUAAAAAGGCAAGAUUGCUACAGUCUUCUGAAGACUGGAAUGCUGAAAACAAAGGGCGACUGUCUGAUUCUCUUGUGGAUAUAAAUGAGAAAAAAGAAGCAUUGUUGGCUGGCAUGGUUGAAAAUGUGCCUAAAAGCAAGCAAGAUAGCACGUUGCUGGCUUCCUUACUACAGUCGUUUAGCUCUAGGUUGCAGAGUGUUGCUUUGUCGCAACAAAUUAAGCAGAGCCUUAAAGAGCAAGGGUAUUCGCUCAGCAAUGAUUCCUCGCAGGUAGAGAAAGACUUGAGGUGCUAUGGUGUUGCAUCCAGUCACUUGAAAACUUUGCUAAAGAAAAACAAAUUGAAAGAUGAAAAACUGGAGACUGGUCUGCCAGAGCUAACAACAAAUCUAGUUCAAGAUCAGUUUAAAGAAUCUACACAUUCAGGACAGAGUGGUUCAAAAGUGAUAAAUGAAUCACUUUCUUGUGCUGCAAGAUUACAAGCUGUUGCAAACAUGGUAGAAAAAAGAUCUAGUCCUGCUGCAUCCCCUAAACCAAGUGUUGCCUGUAGCCAACUUGCUUUGCUUCUUUCAAGUGAAGCACACUUGCAGCAGUAUUCCAGGGAACAUGCUCUAAAAGCACAAAAUGCUAAUCAAAUUGCAAGUGAGAGACUUUCUGCUAUGGCAAGAUUAAAAGAAACUGCUCCAAAAGAUGUUAGUCAUUUUAAACUAUCAAAAGGAAUGGAAAGCCAUUUGAAUGGUCAGGCAAGGUGUUCAAACAAAACAAUAACCAAUAAAAGCAAUAUCACAAAUUUUCAGAGUCAUAUGGGCAUAAUUCAUUCAUCUCCAAAAAUUAUAAACUACAAAACAUCAGAAAAAAAUCAUAUGAAACCACCUACUAACAGUUUACUUUUGCACCUCCUGAAAAAUCAUAGUACUACUAAGCAGACCAAGCGAUAUGAACAAAAUGACAGGUCCAAUAUUUUUGAGGAAAGCAGUACACCAACCACUGUUGAUGAAUACUCUGACAACAACCCAAGUUUUACGGAAGAUGAUAGUAGUGAUGAUGAAAGUUCCCAUUCAAAUUGUCUUCCUAUAGAUUUGUCUUUCAAACAAAAAACAAAUACUCAAGAUUCAGGGCAGCUAGAAAAUUUAACUCAAUCCUUGUUUCAUAAUUGGGAAUCAAAAGUCCCAUGUCUGGAAAACAUAGAAGAAAAGGAUACUUCUAAAAAUACAAAAUUGAAUCCACAUCAGAAAGUAACUUUACUGCAGUUACUACUUGGCCAUAAGGAAGAAGAAAAUACACCCAAAGUUAAAGAAACUGAAGGAACAUUAGUUCCAGCUGAUGUGUCGAAAUUUAAUUUUUCAAUGUGUAACAGAACUCCUGUUAUUGACUCUUCUAAUACUAAUCGAAUAAUUCCAGUACAUACUCCUCCUUUGCAAACUUCUGCAAAAGCAGAUUCACCUAUCAACCUUUCACACAAUUCUCCUUUAAUGAUAAAAUGUAAUUCACCGCCAUAUACCUGCAUCAUACAGCCUGAAAGACUAACUAAUUCAGCUUCUAAACACUUGAUAGAUCUUACUAUUCACAAAGAACUUCAUGGAAGUAAACAGAAUAAAAAAGAAACUUUACAAACACAUUCAUCUUUCAGUGCAAGUAAACUAUUGCAAAACUUAGCUCAAUGUGGGAUGCAGUCUUCCAUGUCAGUGGAUAACCAAAGACAAGCAAGCAAACAACUGAUGACUCCUAACACUGAGAAACCAGUAGGAUUGAUAGAUGGACUAAAUACUUCCCUGCUUCAUAAUGCAUCAUGUACACUUGAAAAAAACAGAAUGCUCACUAAUCAGUUUCUCCCAGGAGAACAAAAACUUCCCAGUUCAGAAAUCCAAAAUCUGCUAGAACGACGCACUGUGCUCCAGUUACUUCUGGGAACCUCCAACAAAAAUAUGAACGAAACAAAGGAAAAAAUAUUUUUAAAAGACGAGGGUUUACAAGAUCCAACAGAAAAAGUUUUGAAUGAACAAAUACUAACUGUAAAAAUAAAAGCUGAGCCUUCUGAGGAAGAAUCCAGUGCCCUUCAGAAUUCAAAUGCUCAACAAAUAAUUGAAAAUGUUAAUAAAAAAAUUCCAGAAAUGACUCAUUCAUUAGAGAGAAAUACAGCUAUUUCUCCAGCAUCAGAAGAAUUUCAGUCCCAGUCUCUUACAUCUCAAGACUUUUCCUUUUCAAAGAAUGGACUUCUAAGUCGAUUGCUGAGACAGAGUCAAGAUGGUUGCUCUGCAGGUAUCCUGGACAGGAGAAAUCAUGAACAGAGUUUUGUGGAAUCAAAAAGUCACAGUAUGCUCCCCAAAAAGAGAAAAUUGCAUUCUGAUUCUUUAGAAGGUCCUUUAAAAAUACUAAAAAGUAAUAAAGGUAGAAUAUCUGAUGUCAUGAACAAUCAUAAGUCUAGUGCGGAUGCUUUGUAUGGGAGCUGUCUUAACCAAAAAGAAUCUAAGUUCAUCAAAACUGAUUUUGAAAUAAAAUAUUCUUCAGGUUAUGGGUCAAAUAAUGAAAGUGAAAACAGAAGUUGGUCUAGAGAAAGUAAAGGAUUUAAUGUGCUAAAACAACUGCUGCUAUCAGAAAAUUGUGAAAAAGAUAUGUCUCAGCAUAGAAAUAACUUAUCAGUAACAGAUGGCAAAAAGAAAGGAAGCAAACAUAACCUAACAAAUAAUGACAAACCUGAAUUCAAUGUUUCUCCUGUGCAUACUCUCAUGGGGAACCCCGGGCAACCAAGCAAUUUCUUGGACUACCAAACAUUUCAAUAUUCGGUUGCUAUGAAGAGUCCUGCCAGUUCUCCCUUCACUGAACGUUUGGGAGGCACCGUAUCAUCAAAACCAGAAUGUGACCAGUUUAGCAUUUGCCAUAUACCUAAUGAAAGGGGACCUCUAAAAUGGGUCAUCACUGAUUCUGACAAAAAUGACCUUGAGAGAGACUCCCCAAGACUGACCCAAACUAAUCCAAUAUUGUAUUACAUGUUACAAAAGGGAGGAAACCCUAUUAAUAUUCAGGAAACCCAUAGCAAAAAUGCUUGGAGAGAUAAAUCAUUUAUAGAAAAUUCAUCUUCUGUCACAAUGAAGAAAGAGUUGUCUCCUGUCACAGAAUGUAAAAUAUUUCCUAAUAGAAGAAAUAUAUACAGUAGCCAUUCAAAUAAUAAGGUGUCCAUUCAACAUAAUGGAGAAAUAUAUGGACACUUAGAAAAGGUAUUAACAAUAAAAAAAGAGCCCGAAUAAGUUAAAAUCUUACAAAGUGUUUACAAUCAGGUUUAAAUAUUUUCGUUGAAUAAAAUAAUGUAAAUCUAGCAUGAUUUGAGAAGAGCAUGGUAUAGCUAUGGUUUUAUUUGAUGAAAUUUUUUUACUGAUAUUUAAAAUGCAUACAGCUUUAGUUCUUUAUUUUUGCUUUACUGGAAAUUUAUCACAAUACAUGUCAUCAUGACUUGUUAAUUAUAUAAAUGUCCAUGAGUAAUUUGCAGCUGGAUUGUACUCAGUGAGUAACUGCUAUUACUGUCCUUGCACAUAAGUAUGUGCUUAUGUAAACCCAUAAUAUUUUCCUUACAUGUUUCAAAACCAUGAAAGUGAUAAAUCACAGACAUUUUAAAAGCUGUAUGUGAUUUGUACACAUAGCAAACAAGAAAUCACGUGAGCAGAUUUUUUUUACAUAUACCUGGACGAAUGUAGAAAUAACGUUAGAGACAAAAGCAACUAUAGUAAGAUAUGUAAAACAGGAUCUUUUUUUGAGACAACUGGUGUUACUCAUGUGUAAUACAGUAUGGUUUAAAUACAAGAUGGAAGUGCAUUGUUCAACAUCAUAUAUUUUCUCUCACAACUGGGCUACUGUCAUCUUAUAUUGUCUGCUCAUUUAUAAAAUGUGAAGAAUAUUUUUAUAUAUAUAAAUGGAUCAUCAUCCAAGCCAAGUCAUUUAUUUGUUGGUUUUGUAAUACUUAUCAGUGUUAACUAGAGAAUUGUACACAAUGAAAUUUCUAGUGCUUCCAAAUGGCUUGUAAUUUGUGUUUGCAUAAUCUGACAAAACCACAAGAAAUACUGUCUUUAGUUGCCUUUACUAGACAUUCAGCUGAAAUAAAUUAAAAUCUAGGCUGUGACUUUAAAAAAUAAUGAAGCUGAAUCAUAAAUUACUGGCAGCAAAAAAUAAAUCUCUUUCACUACUAUUAAUUGUUUUUUUUAUUUGCAUUUAUUCAAAUUUUCCAGGGAAAUUAACAUAUGAAUAAAGUUGAAAGAUUCCAGACUCAUGCUUAAAAAAAGAAAAAAAAUCAUGAUAGUUGAUCUAUCAUUGUGAUCUAUUUUUCAUGAAUUCAUAUAUAUAAAAGAUUUAUAUAGCUAAGAUGAAAGAUGCAUAAAUUGUCAAAUGUUCUAAACCAAGUCAUGGUCAUUUUUCAACUUUUUCUAUCCAGAAAUAAGAAAGGAAGUGUAAAUUGGAAGAACUGAUUUUUACAUUUAAAUGCCUUAAAAUAAAUUCUAAAUUUGAAUAUAGAACUGGAAAAUAUUGUAAGGUAAAUAAACUAAGCAUCUACUAGUGUGAAAGAUGUUAUUUUAUUGAUUCAUGGAAUUCCAGAUACCUAGAGAUUACAAAGUUAAAUAAAAAAUAACUUAAAUUUAGAUUAGUUCCAGUAAAAUGGUGGAUUGUUUAAAAUUCUAUAUAAUUAUAAUUUUGAAGUACCAAAGCUGUUGAUACUUUUAUGUAUAAUUUUCUGCAUUUCAAAGACAUUACUUGGUAACAUCUUUUAUUGUGAUUAAAUCCAGAUCAAUUCAAGUCUUCCAUGGAUUUGAGUAAAAUUGCAUCUUGACAAAAAGCAAGCCUAGUGCAGCUCAUUUCAGCAAGUUUAGUUAUGUUGAAAAUCUGUGUGUAAUAGUUUUUGGUGACAGAUUAAACUUUUAUAUAAACAGAUAUAUAUCAUUGGAUAUAUAACAUUUUAUCUAAAUAAAAUGAAAGGUUAUGCUGAAAGGAAAUGAGAAGGCAACUCUAAUUGAAAAUCCGGAAAUUUAUUUCCACAAUAACUAAUAUGUCAUCAAAUGAAUUAUGAAUAAAAUGUAAAUAGCGUAACAUCGUCCAGUUAAUGUUUUCCAGAAAUGACCAUUAUUUCUUUCAGAAGUUAGCAUAAUAUCCAGGUGCCAUCAGUGACUUUAUUCUCAUAAUUUUACCUAACCCUCAUUAUAACCAUUACAUGACCCAUAGCAGUAGCAGCAAAUUACUUGCUUCUUGCUUCAAAUCUUAAGUGUAAUAUUGAAGUUCAAGUCCUAUGUUCAUUAUAGGUGCAAAAAGCCCCAAUGAAAUUAAAUUGAACUUUUUUUUUAGUUGCAUAUGUGUAAAAACAUGGACAAUGUGUUUGUUUUUAAAUGGAACAAACACAUUGUGCCUUGGAAGUUUUGCUGAAUUAUUCCAGGUGGCUGUGAUUCACCAGAACUGAAGCACAGGAUAUUUUGGUUAUUGUAGAUUUCAUUAAAACUGAAAUCUGGAAGUCUCUUACAAGAGGAAUAGUGCAAAGCUACGUACUGUGCCUUGCUCUUCUUUAUCUUUUACAUAGCCUUCUACAUCAGGUCAUUUACCAAUCUUCCCUUUACCAACUUUUCUCUACUUCUCACUAUGCUAUGCUUGAAGGCAAGUACAUCAGCAGCAGUCAAACUAGUGAAAGAAUGAUCUGGGAAGAUUCGGGGGGGGGGGUAUACUCAAGGAUAUUAGUCUGUGGAGAUUCUCAGUCAUCAUGGUUGUCCCAAAGGUGCUUUUUCAAAAGACAACAGGAGUUUGUUUUUCUUGAAGAUGUUUCGUUGAAGACUAAAGAAGUUUAUUGGAUGAGAAGCGAAAAUUUGUCAAAAAAAAAAAAAGUCCAGUUGCCUUUUGAAAAAAUACCUUUGGGUCAAGGUUAUUGGCAACAGCUGUGCCUACCUACUCUGUAUUCCCAAUCCCUUUAUAUUUUCUAACUAUUCUCCUCAACUUAAUGUCUUUUGUUUUUGCCCAUUGUCUCUUCCCUCCCACUUUCAAUAACACAUACUUUGGCCUAGGUGUAACAUAAGUAACAAAAAUGAAUUUUCUGUGCAUGGAAUUGUUCAUGCAUAGAAUUAUUUGCAAGUUUCAAUAGACCUGUAUUAAUGCACUAUUAUGGUGCCAUCUUAUAAUGUAUUCUCAAAUAUAACUUCUUUUGAGUUCCAAAGAUUUUAUUCACAUAGUUGUGAAUCAGUUUUUUAUGUGUUUCUUUGCCUUACAGCAUUUGGAAUCAGCCAUUUUAAUAUAGAAUCUUACUUUUCAACUAUUAAGUUAUAUUUGAGAUCAUAUUUAAUGGGCUUGACUGGUUUAUUGUGUCUCAAACAAAUUGGCAUGAAAAUCUGGCUAAAACUUUUUUUGCAUAACUUUUAAUAAUACCGUUUAGUUGCUUUACUCUUCUUGCCAAUUCAGCACCCACCCACACAUGCAUUAUUUUGAUAAUAAUCAUUAUUUAGCAUUGCAUUUUAGUAUUUUAUAUUAGCAAUUUCUAAAUAUUUCUAAAAUUAGAAAUAUUUCAAACUGCAAACCUUAACUCAACUCAAACAUUUACUUCCUUGACACAGCAAACAUUUACUUCCUUGACACAGCAAAACUUAGAAUUGCAGUUAAAAUUAAAGUAUAUAAAUCACAUGCCUGAACUUGAUUCAUGUAAUGCAGUUAAGUAUGAGUUAAGUAUUUAGAUGCUAAAUGAAGAGAAAGGUUUGAUUUGAAGAAAAGGCAAAUAUUCCUGCAAGUGCUUUAGUUUCAGCUUAACCUCAGGGCUGAGAGCUAAAAAAACAAAGCAGUCAAUUGUCUUUAAAAGUUAUUUUAGGAACUAGGAAUUAUCCACUCCUUCUGUUUCCCUCUUUAUUUUUAUUUCUUCUUUUGAUCCUAUCUGAAUCUCUGAUCCUGCAUAAAUUCAGUUACAAAAGCAUAAAAUAUAUACAAUAAUAAUAAUAAAGUAUAUUAAUCUUAAUAUACUUAAUAUACUUAAUAAAGUAUAAUAAUCUUCCAUUAUAUGAAAACAAUCAUAAAUUGAGAUCUACCCAACAUUUGGCAUUCUAUUUUACUAAGGAAAAUGUUUUAUUUUCUACACUUGACUGUGACCCCAUGAACAUAAUAGGGCUUACUUCCAAGUGACUAUUCAUAAUCUUGGGCUGCACAACUGAAUCACAUACAUGCCUACCUGCAAAUAAAUACUACUCAGGUUUUGCACAAGUGCAACACCUCCAUUUAUUCACUUGUUUUUUUAGGUUUUCCAAGUGAGUUUGAAAAGAGAUGUACUUCUUUAAGAAAUCUGAGUUUCAAUGCAAUACCAUUUUUUUUUUUCAGGAUGAAAAUGGUCUAAUAAAUAGCAGAAAUCUACUGUAAUUAUUGAGAUCAGAAAUACUUGAUUUUUGGGGUGUGCUCAGUCACCUUUAAUUAUUUUUCUGUAACAAGAAAUAUGUAAUUUUUUUGUUAAUAUUUCAUUUUCCCCUGGACCAUCACUAAUGAGAGCAAAAUAUUACCAGUUAAUUCUCUGCUGCAUCUUAGUUGAAUGACCUGGCAAGUUAUAUUUUAUAUCUAUAUAUAUGUAUACAUAUGUAAAUAUGUAGACUUCUUAACAUGUUUAAUUUUUUUUCUAAAAACUGAUGUAAAUAGUGGUUUCUUUAAAAUACAUAUUUUGUAUUAUAUCAAAUGCAAAGAAAUUAACAUUUUAAUCAUUUUGUCUUGUAUAUUCCAUGUAUUAAUAAAUGUAAAUAUUAUUGCAUAGGUUUAACAUUUUGCAUGUAUGUAUACAGUGCAAGUCUGGAGGAAUGUAUAGAAAAUGUUUUAUUUAAAAUUGUAAUUAUUGCUGCAUGAUAAAUGCAUGGGGGAUCCUGUGCAUCUCUGCAAUGAUAAAAAUUGUCAAAACCAGAUUAUCCAACAUCACUAUAUUCUGUUUCUGAACAUGACUUUGCUAUGGUAUUUCAGCUUUGUGAAAGAAUGUGCUUCAAAUGAAAGAGCCUGGGGAAAAAGAACUACCUUUUAAACAAAAAUAUCCUAUCCUUGCCCCCAAUCACAAAUAUUGUUAAGUUUUUAAUUUACAGUUAAAGCCACUGAAAUUUUUUUUGCAGUAUUUUCAGAUAAUGUAACCUUGUUUUGCAUUGAAAUACAUACAAAUUAUGGGAUUUAUACGGCCUUUUUUGUUGUGAAGUUUUCACUGAUUAAAAAAAUAAAAAUUCUCAUUUUAUUAAGACAUGACUUAUUCAUGUAAUGUCGCAAAACUGUACAUAUUGCAGUGUGAAGUUUUUUAAAUUCUUUCAGUGUUUACUUCCUGCAGAAAAUUUGAAUAAAUGAAAAAGUGCAUUGAA